AUGCCUUCCACACACAACGUUGCGAAGCCAUGGGACACCGAAGAUAUCGACAAGUGGCGAAUAGAACCCUUUCUCCCCAAAGACAACGUUGGCGGUCCAUUUACAGAGGAAUCUAGCUUUGCAACUCUCUUCCCUAAAUACAGAGAGUCAUAUUUGAAAGAGGUAUGGCCUCUGAUCACUCGAGCCCUUGAGAAGCUCGGCAUUGCUUGCAGUCUAGACCUUAUAGAAGGCUCGAUGGUUGUGAAGACAAGUUUGCGUACCCACGAUCCAAGCUCCAUCCUCAAGGCCAGGGACUUGAUCAAGCUGCUGGCAAGAAGUGUCCCUGCACCUCAAGCUAUCAAGAUUCUCGAGGACGGUAUCGCCUGCGACAUCAUUAAAAUUCGCAACCAAGUUGCAAGCAAAGAACGUUUCGUUAAACGGCGUCAGCGCCUUCUUGGGCCAAAUGGUACAACCCUUAAGGCCCUUGAACUUCUCACCAAAACAUAUAUUCUCGUCCACGGAAACACAGUUUCUGUCAUGGGUCCGUACAAGGGACUGAAGGAGAUUCGACGAGUUGUGGAGGAUUGCAUGGCCAAUAUUCACCCCAUCUACCACAUCAAGGAAGCCAUGAUAAAACAAGAGCUUGCAAAGGACCCUGAGCUUGCUAACGAGAGCUGGGAUCGUUUCCUACCCAAUUUCAAGAGAAAGACACUCAGCCAGAGACGUGUUCCUCACAAGGUCAACGACAAGGCCAAGAAGGUCUACACACCAUUCCCCCCGGCUCCCGAAAAGAGCAAGGUCGACAAACAAAUCGAGUCUGGCGAGUACUUUUUGGGUAAGGUUGGCAAGGAGCGUGCUGCUCAGGAGGAGCGCAGGGAGAAGCAGAACAAGCGAAAGGAAGAGAAGGCCAAGGAGCGCGAGGCCGACUUUAUUGCGCCGGAGGAGAGCCGUCCCAAGAAGAAGCGCAAGAAGACGGAAGAGUAA